UUUCUUGACCAUAUGGUUUUGUAAUGUUUGCUAUGUUAAAUUCUCAUAAAAACUAUUGAAUUUCCCAUACCAUGUUCUGUUUACUGUCAUGUCUGACGUAUUCAGUUUAAGCAUGCUCCUCCUCCUGAACAAUAAUUAUCUAAAUCCAUUGGUUAACACUGUGUUUUUUUUUUUACCUGAAAAUUAAAUAUAAAGGGACUGACCCGGUAUUUUGGAUUACAAGGUUUUAUUCUUACACUCUGUUAAAACGUGUCUGGUUCAGCACUUCAGAAAUGAUGGCCAAGUGCAUUGUAUUGACCGCUAUAGUGAUGCUGGCAGUGGCAUGUGUGGCUUCUCCUCUGUCCAAAGACACACCUGCAAACACAAAUGCGAUAGCAGGGCUUCCAGAGAGACCACCUGAGAUACAUGAGAGACUGCAGGCCCUUGUGAGGCGUUCUAUGCAGUUAUCGGAGGAUCAGCGCGAGCUCAUGUCCCGGCAUCUCUUACAGGCACUAUCAGAAAUCAUUCAACGGGAGGACUGUGUUACAGACUACCAAGGCUGGGUAGAUUUUGGGCGCCGCAGUGCAGAAUGAGACUGCAUGCAAAGUAGUAAAAACUCUGUACUGUGAUCUGUCAAUAAAUA